AUGUCAACUCCUUUGUCAUCACACGAGCGGAAGACCUCACUCGCACGGAUACACCACGAACUAGGGAUACCAGCUCUGCUAUAUUCGCCACGAGAUGUCAAGCUGUUACUCAUCACACGUUCCAUCCGUCUCUUUGCAUACGGCCAAACCACUCUGAUCCUCGCAUUAUUCCUUAAGGCGCAUGGCAUAACCCUCAAGGGUAUCGGAUUAUUUAUGUCCCUGACCCUAUUCGGGGACGUUGUCGUCAGCCUUCUAUUGACCCUCGUUGCGGAUAAAAUCGGCCGCCGGAGAAUGCUAGCUUUCGAUGCAUUAUUAAUAGCAGCAAGCGGCACGGUCUUUGCAUUCGUAGGAAGCUAUUGGAUACUUGUCGUUACAGCGGUUGUCGGUGUUAUAAGUCCGAGUGGGAACGAGAUUGGCCCGUUCCGUGCCAUAGAAGAGAGUACUAUUGCAUCUCUUGUUCAUGCAGAUGAAAGAGCAGACCUCUUUGCAUGGUAUGUCCUGCUCGGGACAUUAUCCAGAGCUCUAGGAAACCUAGUUUGCGGCUGGACCGUCACAGCUCUUCAGAAUUCGGGCUGGGACCCUCUGGACUCCUAUAGGAUCAUAUUCUUGAGCUACUCGGCCUUGGGGAUUACAAAUAUCUUGAUCACAUCAUUGCUGUCAACUAGAUGUGAAGAUCGAGAUCAAAACUCUAAAUCUCACGCGGAAACCGGGCCAGAGUCCCAACCAUUCCUUGAUAACGGCUCUAUUGUCGACGGCGAUGGGGACGGCGUAGACUCCCAAAGAAUCUCAGACACCCCACCUACCCCUCCCAAACCCACCCUGCUCCAAAAACUCACCUCCCUCUUCCCGCACAUAACUCCACAAUCCCGUGGCAUUCUCGUCAAGCUAUGUCUCCUCUUUGGCGUCGACUCCUUCGCCAGCGGACUCAUGCCCGCCUCCCUCAUAACCCUCUACUUCCACGACACCUUUAACUUCCCGCCAGGAGCUCUCGGGACUCUUUUUUUUACUACAAACCUCGUAAGCUCCGCAGGAAAUCUCAUAGCUUCAGCCGUAGCCCGCAGGAUAGGGUUAAUAAAAACCAUGGUAUUCACACACCUCCCGUCUGCUAUAUGUCUAUGCUUAAUACCUGCGUUCCCGUCCGUCUACCCCGCUGUCUUUUUCCUGAUAAUAAGGUCACUACUGGGGUCGAUGGAUCAAGCUCCGCGGUCUGCAUUCCUGUCUGCCGUGAUGAAACCGUCGGAAAGAACAGCUGUGAUGGGUAUUGUUACAGUGACGAAGACGCUAAGUCAGUCUGCCGGCCCGUUUGUGACGGGAAUUAUGGGUGGCACUGGCUUGUUUUGGGUAAGCUUUGUGAUCAGCGGUGGAUUGAAGGCUGGAUAUGAUUUGAGUCUUUUAGUCAUGUUUACAGCCCUACAUAACGUUGGGAGGAGUGAGGAAAGAAGUAGAGAAGCGGAACAGGAGAGUCAGAAUUCAAGCCCGAGGAGGAGUCAAGAUGACGACGAAGGCGAAGAUGAAGACGAUAAUCGGAUCCUGCAGAAUUAA